AUGAAGGUAGCAACCACCGAUUAUUUAUCUUCAUAUCAAGAAACUAUUUCAUCGUCAUCAGCAAAUCCAAUUACUGAAUGUUUGGAUUGUGAAUUAAAUGAAUUAGAUCUCAAUCAAGACGAUGAUGAAUUAAUUUUAAGGGGUAAAUUUAUUUAUCGCCCAUAG